GAUCAACCUGGAGUUUUAUGUAAUCAAGAAUUUUGAAAUACAUGUGGAAGAUCCAGCAAAAAAACAAAAGACAGAUGGAGUAUAUUCCUCCGACAUUCCCCGCUCAGAUGGUUUCUGGGUAAACAAUAGGUGGCAUUCGCACGCAUGUGCGGGGCUCGAGUUUGAAGAUCUCAAUAAAAGGCUUUCCCCCUGUUUACAGCACAAGAACAUUUCCUUGCUAGGAGAUUCCACCUUCCGACAGUGGUUUCACGAGCUCGUUGACAUUUUCAACGGGAAAAAUCACUCAAAUGGGCUUACAAUGUUUCAUCGUGUGGCAGACCUUGACAUUGACAUCCUUUUUCAAUUCCAUCCUCUUUGUAUUCUCGCAGAACAAAAGGUUAUUCCAUUCGCCAGUAUGAAGUACGAGAGUGAAAUUAUACGCGAGAUGCAUGAUUGUAACCGCGUUGUCGUAGUCGGCCCAUGGGCCCACUACGGUCAGUGGACAAAAAAGAGCUAUCUCGAUCGUCUUUACGGAAUCCGAGAUGCAGUCGUUGACUUUUUACAAAGGUGCCCAAAUGCAACUGUUGCUAUAAAGGGAUCCCAUCCACGCAAUCAUAAGAAUAUAUAUUUUUACAUAUUUGGAAACGACUAUAUAUUUCGUCAAUACAAUUUGCUUUUACGAGAGGUUUUUAAAGGAACUGGCGCAGUAUUUCUGGAUGUGUGGGAUAUGAACUUAUCAUAUUAUGCUUCUAAUACACUACACAUGCCGCAGGCCGUUAUCCGUCAGGAGAUGAACCUUUUAUUUGCUUGUCACGUAUGUCGAUGACGUCACGAUUGUAUCUCCGUCCGGACCGUCAUAACGCCUAGUUUUCAUAAAACCGCCAACUAUCCCUGCAGCGCUUUUGCCGCAACAUAUUAUCUGAUCUCGAAUAUUUCGUUCAUUCCUGUGGACUUCGUAUUAUACUUAUUGUGUAUGAUUAUGUGCCAUGGUUUUAUUGUAAUCUGAAAUAAUGUAUAUUAAUGUAUAUUAAAAUGUAUAUAUUACGGUAAUAUAUAUAUUAACAAUAAGAGAGGACCGAGUAUUAUAGAACCUUGUGGUACACCACAUGUGAUAGAAGAAAGUCAAAAAUAGAAAAAAGAAGUAAAUUGUUGGCGACCGGUGAGAUAGCUUUUAAAUAAAAAAUAAAAAAUAUAUAUAUUUCCCAUGCCAACCAUUUCUUCUAAGAUAUUUUGUAACCUAAUUUUAUUUUCAUCCCCUCCUAGCAUGCAAGGAUCUUUCUCAUGCAACGUUGCAACUUAACUUGUGAAUCACUUUAAUCCCUUUCAUUGUUUAUCAAACUUAAUCAGACCCAACUAAUUUAUACUUUUGAAUUACCACUCUGUCUUUCUGCGCAUGCUCAGCUUAUCUUAAUUAAUUGUAUUUCUAUGUUUCUUUAAUCAUUAGGCAAUUUUAUGUGAAGAGUGUCACACCAUGUGUGUGGUACGAAACUAAGUAUAGCUCUGGUCUAGCAUUGAGCACUCUGCUGGUAAUACUUGCGAUAUUUUAU